GUGAAAAAUCUUUACUACUUCAACGUAUUCCGACACGUCAUGGCCGGUAAAUCGCAACGAAGCAGGCCUAGCCUGGGAAAUUCUGGACCCUCUCGGCGAGCAGUCAACCGCGAUUCGACGGGGGAUGAGGAGGCAGAGGAGUCCUCUGGGUCUGAUUCAAAUGGAGGGGAUCAGGGUAAGGAGAAGAGGGUCAAGUCGAAGCAGUCUGCACCUAAAAGUGGACCGCGAACGCCCACGCCGGCCGACGACACGGACUCCGACACUGAUGGGGAAUGGUCGCGGGAGGACAAGAUUGUUCUUGACAAGACACUGAAGGAGGAGGUCAGGGUGUGGGACAGAACACUUGACCUCUGGGAUAUGACCCCUCCCGAGAGCCUGCCACCAGAGCUACACGUCGAGCUUGGAGACCGCACAAUCGACGACCCUUGGAAUGCCGGGCAAACAUUCCGAAACACAAACUGGUCGAAGAAGUUCUCCGUGGCGUUUGCCGACGUCGUACUCUGUCCUGUAUUCCAGGAGAACAUCCCCUUGUGGCACUGCGCCAUUCGUAUGUCUAUGCAGUACCGCCUUGCUGACAAGUACGAGGGGAGGGUUGCUGACUAUCUGCGACUUACGGGGAAACGCAACGAUCGCGUCCUGUCGCUUUUCAAGCCCCUACUCAGUAAGGACACACUCGACUAUCCUCGGAUAGAUUCGAAGCUUCGUCGUCGCAUAGACAGCGAAAUUGGGAAGGACGUCGCACCCGACUCAGAGUUCCUGAGUCACCUCAAAGCAGCAGUCGAUGCUCAACGCAAAUUCCACGAGGAGGAAAAUGGAAUCAUGCCUAGAGAUCUGAAGGCUAUCAGCGACGCAUGGGACAGUUACGUACGUUCCAGUCCUGGUCUGCGAUGAAGCAUCGCUGCAUUGAGGAGCUCGCCACGGCCUACAAAAGUCUCGUCCGAACCGACAGCCAUGUCAAAUAUGGUCGCGUUGUUGGUGGGGUGUUUGGUCAGCAUCGAAUGGAGGUCCUCGCGAGGAAAAAGGAGGGCAUCCAACAUAAGCGAUGGAAAGAGAGCUUUAGCGAGAGCGAGAGUUCUGAUGAGGAGGAGGAGGAUAGAGAAAUGGACAGUGAUGAAGAGGAAUUCGGAAAGGAAUU